AUGAACCACCACCUCGCCACCACGCCCACGCCCAGGAGAGCCGCCCCGCCCGCCAGGCCCCACCCCAUCGCAGGAUACACCGCCCAGCACCACUCCCACGCCCACAAACAUAUCCAGCACUUCCCCAGCGACACCCAGCACGCUCUCCACCGGGCCCUCCAGCGCAGCCAGCCCCUCAGCAAACUGCCCGACACACUCCUCACUCGCAUCCUCAGCUUCCUCAGCCCCCACCAGCUCGCGGCGGCCAUCCCGCCCGUCUCGCGCAGACUCGCCAGGCUCGCCAGGCACGACAAGCUCUGGCAGACCAAGCUCGAAUGGCUCGACUACAGGGGCCCCCCGCUGUCCGCUAUCAGCAGCAGCACCGCAAACGACAGCCACCACUUCGACAGCCUCUUCCAGCCCCAGCACCAGCACCUGCUCGAGUCCUCCCGCGUGCUAACCUACAGGAGCAGCCCGCCGGCCUGCGCACGCACCCGCUUCAUGCGCUACUACCACGCCCUGCUGCCCUUCCUCGCCUCCCUGGUCGACCACUCCACCGACUCCAAAGUCUUCGCCGUCCCCGACCUCUCCCCGCUCCAGCGCGCAGACCUGCUCGCCACCCUCGCCCGGCUCAGCAGCAACCCCUGUCUUGCACCCCCCCAUCUGCUCAAUAACUCCGCCCUCGCACUCAACCUCCGCACCGCCGCCGACGCCUUCCAUGCCGCUAUCCUCCGCCAGUUCAUCCCCGCUAUCCAAGCCGACAAUCGGCCCGAGAUGCAUGCACUCGCCACCAUCCGCUGCGCCCUUCCCGACGGCCAUUCGCCCCAUGCGCCCUGCACCAUCGUUCAGACGUUCAUCAACAGCCGGAAGAUCUUCCUCUGCACCUCCUUCGAUCCGCUGGACAACAUCAAGAAGACCGAAGGAAUCGACGGGGAGGUCGUGGAGGGGGUGAAUUUCGGGCCGAUGGAGCGCUUCUUCGGGGGCCUGAAGGAGACCGUGGAGACGGAGGGGGCGACGAUCGGGGCGAUUUUCCCGCGCAAGAUGGGCGUGUUCGAGGUGUUCAUGCGGCGGCUGAUCGACGAGACGGUGGCGGGGUAUGUGGGCCGCCUAUUGGCGGCCGUCGAAGCGCUGCCCGCGCCGCUGUUCCUGAUUACCAGCGUGCAGGCGUAUGUCCAAGUGCGCGGGCUGAUCGGCCCCGCGACGAUGGCCGUCGCCCCCACCGACCGGCCCCAGAUUGCGCAGAAGGUCGAGACGAUCAUCCACGGGAUGUUUGCGGGACAUCUGGACGGAUACCUGGCCCAGGAAGUCGGGUGGGUGAAGGCGACCCUGGAGCGGCUCUGCUCGGCGUGGACCGAGGGGAUGGCGGGCGAGCGCGGCUCCGGGCCCAGCCAGAGUCUACAGGCAGCAGUCUCGGACCCGUCGAUGAUGAAGAAGACGGUGCUGCGGGCGUUCAAGAACGCGCUGCUCCUGCCGGUCAGCGUGGUGCCCAAGACGGUCUCGUACUCGAUCAACGCGCUCUCGAACGUCGGCGCCGGCGCCUUCCUCUCCUCGACCGAUUACCGGAACGCCAAGGUCCUCCGGCUUGUCGAGGACGGCCGGCCUGAUGAUGCCGAGCUGGAGAGCUGGCUGGACGACUCGCACGACCCCUCUGCCAUCCCCGGCCCCUCCGACGAACGGCCCAAGCUCAGAGACCUGCUCUCCCUCGACCUCGUCCUCCAAACUAUCUCCAUCAACCGCCAGGCGCUCGUCCGUCUCCAGGCCUUCCUGCCCUUCAACCCCCCGAGUCGGCGCCAGAAAGUCGUCGACUCCGUCGAGACCAUCUUUGUCCUCCUGCUCCAAUCCUUGGCCCACAACCACAUUCAACCGGCGUUCGAGAAGUAA